AUGCAUCAACAUGCAUCCCCAGGUCUUGACCGUGACAACAUUGCUGCGGUACUUCGCAGUGGCAACAAGGAAGAGGUGUUGCCAGUCUUGCACCUCCUGAUCUGUGCUGGCAAAGCCACCAUAGAGUCACUCCAGGUCCUGGAGCACGUUGGCCGCUUGCUGAGGCACCAGGACGCGGAAGUGGCCUCGACUGCAGCCGAGCUUUUGGCGGCUGCGGGCGCUGAAGGACACGAAGAGGGCCUGAUACAGAUGCUACAGCGAGUUGAAGAUGUUUGUGUCCGGGCGGCCUUGUCGGCCCUCGGCAAGGUCGGCCCCAACAUCAGCCCAUCCCAUAAGGAUUUGGUGGUCCGCCACGUGGCCCUGUGCCUAUCUGGCAGCCACCGCGUGCGGAGCCGUGCCUUGAGAACGCUGGGAGAGCUCAAAGCUAUGCGUCAGGCCUUGGGCAUCCACCGUUUUGGAGCGAAGCAGGACCCUGAAAGCGAGCGGGCGAAAGGUGGGAUGGCCACGAGGAUGAAGAUUGAGGCCCAAAGACCAGAAGGGGCUUUGCAGGCCACAACAGACACUCCUCGCUUGUCUAAAGACUUGAAGGAAGCACAGGAGGUCAUCGACUCGCUCAAAGAGGCUUUUGCUGCAUCAGAACAGCGUGCAGAUCAGCAGGCGCAGCUGUUCGUUCAGAGGGAGCAGCACUGGCAGAAUGAGCUUGCGCAAGCAGAAAGCCUUGCGGAAGUGGCUGCGCAAGAGAAGGACGAGUUGUGCGCUGAGCUUGUGGAAAAGGCUAAAGACUUGAAGGAAGCGCAGGGGGUCAUCGACUCGCUGAAAGAAGCUCUUGUUGCGUCAGAGAAGCGUGCAGAUCAGCAGGCUCAGCAGUUCGAGCAAAGGGAGCAGCACUGGCAGAAUGAGUUUGCCCAUGCGGCAGCGAAAGCGGAAAGCCUCACGGAAGCGGCUGCCCAAGAGAAGGGGUCAAGGCAAGAGAAGCUGGUGAAGGUAAAGAGGAACAUAUCGAGCAGGCCAGAGAAGUUGGUGAAGAUGUAA